AAAAAAAAAAAAAUUUUCCGGGUUUCGGGGAAAUAUUCAACAUUGUCAAUUUGCCUUCAUGUUUAUUGCAAUUUUGCCCAUUCGGAAAGUUCAGUAGCCUGUGCAGCCUGCAAAUAAAAACCCGGCUAAAAAUAGCCCAAAGUGGGGUGGUACAGCUGCAAGUAAAUACUGAUUUUGACUGCAGUUUAUUUCGCAAUACUAUACCUUGCUAUACAGUUUUUUUGAGUGUCUCUCCGGCAUUUUACAUUUUUUUUCCUUGUACCCUUUUUUUCGGUCUACUGUAUAGGGCGAGUGCUUGCUUAGGGCUUGCUCAGCAGGAUUUGAAUAAAGAAUUCCCCAACAAAUAACCACCCUGUAUACCACAAUGGCAGACUCGGCGAGCGAAUCGGAUUCCAGCAGCAUCGACGGUGGACCGAUCAUGAUGCCCCCCAGCCCAGUCACCCGAGAGCAACUACAAAAACGCAUCGAAAGUUUGCAGCAACAAAACAGGGUGCUCAAAGUCGAAGUGGAAACUUACAAAUUGCGAGUCAAGGCUUUGCAAGAGGAAAACAGAGAUUUGCGAAAAGCCUCUGUCAUAAUUCAAGCCAAGGCCGAGCAAGAGGAGGAAUAUAUUUCGAAUACUUUGCUGAAAAAAAUUCAGGCUUUGAAAAAGGAGAAAGAGUCUUUGGCUCAUCAUUAUGAGAGAGAGGAAGAGUGUCUUACUAAUGAUUUGUCUAGGAAAUUGACUCAGCUGAGACAAGAAAAAUGUCGUUUGGAGCAAACACUUGAGCAAGAACAAGAAUGUUUGGUCAAUAGAUUGAUGAGAAAAAUUGAGAAAUUGGAAGCUGAAACUUUGGCCAAACAAAGUAAUUUAGAACAACUAAGACGAGAGAAGGUGGAAUUAGAAAACACUCUGGAACAAGAACAAGAGGCAUUGGUUAACAAGCUAUGGAAACGCAUGGACAAGCUUGAAGCUGAAAAGCGCAUGUUGCAAAUCAAGCUGGAUCAACCCGUUUCUGAUCCGGCAAGCCCCAGAGAUAUCAGCAACGGCGAUACUGCUACAAAUCUGAGUGCUCACAUUCAGACUUUGAGGCAAGAAGUGGUGCGAUUGCGACAAACUUUGGCCAUCAGCCAGCAGGAGCACACUCAGAAAAUGCAGCGCUAUGUUCAGGAAGAACGGAAUAUUAAAGAGGAGAAUCUCAGGCUGCAAAGAAAACUACAGCUAGAAGUCGAACGUAGAGAGGCACUGUGUAGACAUUUGUCUGAAAGCGAAAGCUCAUUGGAAAUGGAAGAAGAACGUCACUACAACGAACAAGUGCUCGGGGUGCGGCAGCACACUGCAUCUCCUAUACCUUAUAAUCCGUCGCCCAGUCAAAGUCGACCUUUGAGUCCAGGUUUGGCUUCCCAAAUCCAAGCAACCUCGUCUUCGAGACUAUCCGACGCUUUACUAGCUACAGCUUCAGGGGUACCACCGCCCAGGUGCCCGUCUUGCGGCCAGGUACCACCCGCCGGUGGCAUUCAGGGCAGUCCACCGGCGCCGCCCCAUCGCAGGGCUUCGGAACGUUUUGUCAAGCCGGCAGUACCGGCUCCGAGCAUAACUUUGCCUUGCAACAUGCCCGUGGUGGUACCCAACGUGGUCGCUGUGGUUCAGCCGGCCAGCCCUAUGGAUACUAGCGUUAGCAAGGACUAAUUAUUAUGUAUUUGGGAAAGGGUCCUUUUUUUUUCGCCAUGCCUAUCGACUGCUACUAAUAAUAAUACUUAUAUUGGGAUUAUUUAUAAAAAAAUACAUACGUUUUUAGUCCCAAAUAACAACUGGAGUAGUUUCCAAAAGUACUUUUAAUUGGCUUCUUUUAGAUGGUGCUUUUUGUUGGACUUUUUAGCAGCAGUUGCAACAUAUAGAGAUAUAACUUGCUGCUGAAAAGGCCAAUUUAUUUCCAGUAAUACUUUCUUUUUAUAAUUUUUUUUUUUAAGAGAAUCCAGAAGAAUUUAUUAGAAAAAAUUUCCAAAAAUUUAAUGCUAAUAAUUGUUAUGCAGCAUUGAAUGCCAAGUUUACACUCUUUUUGUGAUAUUAAAGGGAAAAGUGUGUGUAUCUAUAAUAACUUUUAACGUUUAUUAUUAUAAUAUUUUGUGUAUUUUUCUUCAUCGAUGUCGUUUUUUCCAUUAACCAACACUAAACUUUACAUAAAACUUUGAAUAUUAGGUUCAAUUACAUAUAGAUCUAUUUAUUGAAAUUGGGUCUUAUGUAUUUGCACUAUAUAUUUACGCUAUUAGUUUUUAAGCAAUAAAUGGCUUUAGCUUUGAAUAAUGUAUAUUAUACAUAAAAAUAAUAAUAAUUGAAAUAGAAAAAAAAUUAUAUAUUAGACUAUAAACUCUUAUGUAGCCUUAAACAAAAAAAAAAAUGUUCCCUUGUGUGUAGGAUAUUUAAUAAAAAGGAAAUAAAUUUUCAAAAAUUAUAUAAAGUGAUAUUAGACUAACAAUUAUUAUUUUCGGUUUUUUUGAUUAUUUAGCACAAAAUGUGUAAAUAAUGUUUUUUGUUAAGUUUCCAUUCAAAAAUAAAUGAUGCAUUUAUAUUGAGCACAAAAUUUUUAGUUUUAAGAUUUUUUUUUUUGCACCUGCUGUUUAUUAGUGUCAUUCAAAAGUUGGUUUUGAUUAGCGAAAGAUUGUUUUGUUACUAUUACUAUUAUUAUUAACCUUCUCAAGAUUAUUGAUUAAGUUUUUCUUUAUUUUUGCUCACGCUGAGCAAAGAUUAACAUUCAUACUUUUAGUUACUAUAUUGAUUUGUAUUAAGAUGGUUGAGUGAUAAUGUACUUUUCAUUUCUAAUAAAUAUGAUAA